UGCCGCGCACUUGACACGCUGCGCCGCUGACUCGUGAAGUGAAGUGCACCAUUGGACAUUGCCCUCCGACGUCGCCGCCUCGCCGGCCGGCUGUGUCGUGCAGAUGGGAGAACCUGGCGACGACGAGGUCACGUUCGAGUUCGUGCCGCUGAUCCGGCAGUACAGGAGCGGCCGCGUCGAGCGCCUCUUCCCGGAGAACCGCGUCCCGCCCUCCGUCGACGCCGCCACGGGCGUCGCCUCCCGCGACGUCACCGUCGACCCGGCCACCGGCCUGUGGGCGCGCCUCUAUCUCCCUGACCUCGACGGCGGCAGCGGCGGCGGCGCGGGGAACCAGCAGCAGCAGCUGCUGCUGCCCGUCGUCUUGUACCUCCACGGCGGUGGGCUCGUCGUCGGCUCGGCCGCGGAAGCGCUCGAGCACGGCUUCGCCAACCGUCUCUGCGCGCGGGCCCGCGUCAUCGUGGUGUCCGUCGACUACCGCCUCGCGCCCGAGCACCCCGUCCCCGCCUGCUACGACGACGCGUGGUCCGCGCUGCGGUGGGCCGCCGCCGGCGCCGGCGCAGCGGACGCCGACCCGUGGCUCCGGGACCACGGCGACAGGGACCGCGUCUUCGUGGCCGGGUACAGCGCCGGCGGCAACAUCGCCCACAACGUCACCAUGCGCGCCGGCGCCGAGGAGCUCCCCGGCGGCGCGCGUGUCAAGGGGAUGGCGCUGCUGCACCCGUACUUCGUGGCGGGCAAGAAGGCCGACGGCGAGGUGAAGAACGCGUGGUUGAGGGCCAAGCUGGAGGAGACGUGGUCAUUCGCGUGCGGCGGCCGGACCACGGGACCGGACGACCCGCGGAUCAACCCGGUGGCCGACGGCGCGCCGAGCCUGCGGCAGCUUGGCUGCGACCGGGUCCUGGUCUGCCUCGCCGCCGACGAGCUGGAGCUCCGGGGCAAGGCGUACUACGACGGGUUGCUGGAGAGCGGGUGGGCAGAGGACGCCGCCGAGCUGCUGGUCUCCGGCGAGGAUCACGAGUACUUCCAGCGACAGCCCGACAGCGCCAAGGCGGCUAUUCUCAUGGACAAGCUUGUGGCGUUUUUUGGCGGGAACAAAUAGAGAACCGCACGCCGGCGCCGGCGCCGGCACCGCCUGAAACCUUGACGAAAUUGCUUCCUGCAACGCAAUGUUGACACGGCCAUAACGCUGAUGAAUGCUGGAUUUUUGUUUUGUUUUUGCUUUUGUUUUUGCAUCCUGAUCUGUUUGAUUCCACAGAAAUAACAAGAAAUGCAGACAAAAUGUGUUGUGUUGUGCAUGUUCACUCUUCAGUAAUCAAUCAGUGGUGUGGUCUGGACUUUCGUACCAUGGAGUUGAAUAAAAUGGAACAAGUUGUUCUUGUUUGA